AAGAAUUUACUAAAUUAAAUUCCGAGAACAACAAAUUAAGGAGACUUAAAACCCAAUUCCGUGCGAGUUUUUGGCGCGAACAGGCUGUGAGCGCGCCAAAGUGCUUUAAAAAGCGCCGAGAGAGAGAGAGAGAGAGAGAGAGAGAGAGAGAAAGUAGAGAGAGAGAGAGCGAUGGAGAUUUGUAGACUACCAGUAUCAGCAACACAGCGAGGGAAGCUGAUCUCGGCCGGAUACACUUCUCUUUCUUCACUCUCCUCCGUAUCCCCCUUCGACCUCGCUCGAGAUCUGCAGACUUCGGAGAAUGAAGCUUCUGAAAUUCUGAAGGCUGCAUCACAAUCUGGUAGAUUGGACAGAACUGAUGGAAGUCAUGCUAUUAUUGCUGGUGCCCAGACUGCCUGGGACAUGCUCCAUGAGGAGGAUUUGUCUAGACGCAUUACUACAUCAUGUGCAGAUUUGGAUAAAAUCCUGGGUGGAGGAAUAGCUUGCAAAGAAGUAACUGAAAUUGGUGGAGUACCAGGCAUUGGUAAAACACAAUUGGGGAUUCAACUUGCUGUGAACGUUCAAAUUCCAGUUGAUUUUGGUGGCCUGGGAGGCAAGGCAAUUUAUAUCGACACAGAAGGUAGCUUUAUGGUGGAACGUGCUUUACAAAUUGCUGAAGCCUGUGUGGAGGAUAUGUCGGAGUAUCAGGAGUUUGUACGGAAAAAUUUCCAACUCAGUCAAGUUCAAGUGCAGCCCAAGGAUUUCCUAAAGAAUAUAUUCUACUUCCGGAUCUGCAGUUACACAGAACAAAUUGCUGUGAUAAAUUAUUUAGAAAAAUUCAUCUCAGAGCAUAGUGAUGUUAAGGUGGUCAUUAUUGACAGUGUAACUUUCCACUUCCGUCAAGAUUUUGAAGACAUGGCACUUAGAACAAGAUUACUCAGUGGAAUGGCCUUAAAGUUGAUGAAACUUGCUAAUAAGUACAGUUUGGCGGUUGUUCUCUUGAAUCAGGUGACUACCAAGUAUUCAGAUGGUUCAUUCCAUUUGACCCUUGCACUAGGUGAUAGUUGGUCGCAUGCUUGCACUAAUCGGGUCAUUUUGUACUGGAACGGAAAUGAAAGAUAUGCGUAUAUUGACAAGUCUCCCUCUCUUCGUUCAGCAUCAGCACCAUAUUCUGUGACAGGAAAAGGGAUCCGGGAUUCAGCUUCAAAAUGCAAAAGAAUAAAAAUCAUGUAAGUUUUGAGCAAGAUUGACAGGUGGGUUAUAUAUCCUGUGUGGAUGAGACUGACCAAAUGAUGCCUUGCAUCGUAACACUCAAGCUUUCGAAUCCUAUGAAUCUAUGGACAUUGUGUGCAAUCGGACUAUCGUCUAUCAGUAAGUGGAAUCAUUUUGCGACUAGCUUCUUAGUUCUUGCUUACUAGUUGAAAUUGAGCUGUUGUAUAUGAGAUUUGAAUCCUUGAUGGGGCACCAAUUUAUAUGGAUUCUGUCCAAAUUAAACGAAGUAGAUUAAUUACAUUCAAGUUUGCAUAGACACGAAGAUUUCAGUGAAAGAGAGCGUUAAUUUGAGAUUCAGAUU